AUACUUUAAACGUAUUGGUCAACCUUCCUACAGGCCGAUUUGAUCACUUGAAAUUUCGACCAAUGGCAUGCUUGAAAGACGCAAAGUUUCUUCUGCAUAUAUAUUAGUGCGCUUUUAUUGGAACACCGAGUGUAGAUCAAGUGCAUGCUACCGGUGUAUGGUGUUGAUUAAUGUGUUCUGCCGGUGCGUGCUUAUGACGUUGUGUUGUUUACUGCAGUACGGAAAUUCGUUUCAAUAAAUAACAAAUUUCACUUUUGUUGAAGAUUAUGAAGUAUAUUUUAGUAACCGGUGGUGUUAUAAGUGGUGUUGGAAAGGGUGUAAUAGCAAGCUCUUUUGGUACAAUAUUGAAACAUUGCGGUAUUCAAGUAACAUCCAUCAAAAUAGAUCCUUACAUAAAUAUAGAUGCCGGUACUUUUUCACCAUAUGAGCACGGAGAAGUUUACGUGCUUGAUGAUGGAGGAGAAGUAGAUCUAGAUUUAGGGAAUUAUGAACGGUUCCUAGAUAUUAUAUUACAUAAGGAAAAUAAUAUUACUACAGGAAAGAUUUAUCAACAUGUUAUUACGAAAGAAAGACGUGGUGAUUAUUUAGGCAAGACAGUGCAAGUGGUACCGCAUAUUACAGACGCUAUACAAGAAUGGGUUGAAAAAGUUGCUAAUCAGUCUGUAUCUGAAGAUGGUGGUAAACCAGAGGUAUGUAUCGUUGAACUUGGUGGAACAAUUGGAGAUAUCGAAGGGAUGCCAUUUGUAGAAGCUUUCAGACAAUUUCAAUUCAGAGUUAAAAGGGAGAAUUUUUGUUGUGCUCAUGUCUCCUUAGUACCGCAGCCACGUUGUACCGGAGAACCAAAAACUAAACCAACUCAAUCAAGUGUAAGAGAAUUGCGUGGUCUAGGAUUAUCUCCUGAUCUAAUAGUUUGUAGAUCUGAAAAGCCUAUAGGUGAUGCAGUAAAAGAAAAAAUCUCAAGCUUUUGUCAUGUAGGACCAGACCAGGUGAUAACUAUCCAUGACUUAUCAUCUAUAUAUCGUGUACCCCUUCUUCUGGAAAAUCAAGGUGUCAUAGAAUUUCUUAACGACAGAUUACAGUUAAACAUUAGUAUGCCACGUCCUCGUUAUUUUAUGCGUAAGUGGAAGGAUUUGGCUGAUCGAAUCGAUCAUUUAAGAAAAGAUGUAAAUAUCGCUUUAGUAGGAAAAUAUACAAAGUUAGAAGAUUCAUAUGCCUCAAUUAUAAAAGCAUUGCAACAUGCUUCUGUGCAAGUUGGCUAUCGUUUAAAUUUAACAUUUAUAGAAGCUGCUAAUUUAGAAAAUUCUACUAAAGCAGAUAACCCCGUUUUGUAUCAUGAAACUUGGCAGAAGCUUUGCAAGAGCAAUGGUGUGGUAGUUCCUGGUGGUUUUGGCAAGAGAGGCAUAGAAGGAAAAAUGGAAGCAUGUAAAUGGUGUAGAACAAAUGAUGUACCCUUUUUAGGGAUAUGUUUGGGUUUGCAAGUUGCAGUUAUAGAAUUUGCAAGAAACGUUCUAAAUAUAGAAACAGCACAUAGUACAGAAAUUGAUCCAAACACGGAUCAUCCAAUUAUAAUAGAUAUGCCAGAACAUAAUCAAGGCCAAAUGGGUGGAACUAUGAGACUUGGAAAAAGAUAUACACGUUUUAAACCAGAGGAAAAUUCUAUCUUAAAACAAUUAUAUGGAAACAAAAACUAUAUAGAAGAGAGACAUAGACACAGAUAUGAGGUAAAUCCACAAUAUGUUGAAGUUUUAGAAGAGGCAGGAUUAAUAUUUGUGGGUAGAGACGAAGAUAAUGUUCGUAUGGAGAUAGCAGAACUCAAUGGAAAUAAUUAUUAUGUUGCUACGCAAUUUCACCCAGAAUAUUUAUCCAGGCCUUUAAAACCAUCACCUCCUUUCUUAGGUUUAAUUUUGGCUAGUAUUGGUAAAUUAAAACAUUAUUUGGCAAGAGGCUGUAAAUUAUCGCCACGUGAACUCAGUGAUAACGAAUCUGAUACAGAAUAUCCACUUGAAUCAACAAAGUUACAGUCAUCAAGUGAAGCAAGUAAAAGUAAUAGCGUUGUUUCUAGUAACGAUUAGUAGAAGUUUCAAAUACAUUGAUACAAGAUAUGUUUAUAUUAAGUAGGAAAUAUGAGUUUAACUGCAAUAUAAUCUACAUUUUUUAAUAUAUCUUGGUACACAUUUAAAAAAUGUAUAUUAUAUAUUAUAUUCCAAAUUAAUUGUUUAAUAUUGAUUGUGAAAUUAGAACGUUAUAGCACAUAUUAUUAUAUAUACUAUAUUUCUUUCAAUUUUUGUUUGUAAAUUUUAUAUUUAUAGUUUUUCCUAGAGCUGAAACCAAACUGCCCGCACACAAAUUUAUGAAAAAUAUAUUGUUUCACAUUUCUAAUUAUAUCGAUAUACAGGAUGAUCUUAGAAUAGAUAAAAAAUAUAUAGAUCACCCUAUAUAUUAAUUUUAUAAUUUAGUUUCUCUUCUUUGAUAAGAGUAAGAUUUAUAUUAUUUUUCUAUUGAACUAAAAAUAUUAUAUAUUAUUAAAAUUAUUGUUAUGCGCGUUUGUAUGCAAUAAAAGAAAAUUAUAUCAGGUAGAAAAAAGUGCAGAAAGUUGUUUGUGUUUAUCAUAUAUUCAACUUAUAUAACUAUACCUAUAUAGAAAAAUUGAAGAGAGAAAAUUUUAAUAAACUUCAUGUUAUUAUUUAUCAGUA